CCGCGUCACUCAUUUCAGUAAAGCACGAAGCCAAGAGCAAUGUGUUAGUUAAGUCACAAAAUCGAAUAUUUUCCUCAUUUGGGUAACGUUCGUGACAGGUUGGAUAUUUUUAAUGAGUGGUAGCGGAUCGGCACUAACUAGCAGGAUAAACACACAGCUUGCUAUUUUACCUACAUACCCAUCUGUUGAUAUCAGUCAAAAAUAACUUCCUACUGUGUUUGGAUGUUGGUCUAUAACCUUGGAGAAAAAGGCUUUUCUUUUGAGAGCAAUGACAUAUUAGUUAUAUACAGAUACCAUGGGAGUUAACGUUUCAAAGGAACAAAAUAAACCAAUAGAGAAGAGUGAAGAAUCCAGCUCCAAAUCACAGAAUUUAAAGGAACAGUCGGAAGUAAAACAGACCAAUGUAACGGAUGAUAAUACAAAUCACAAACAGGCAAGACUUCCUCAAGCCAAUAGUUCGGCAGCGAAAGAUCCAAAACCGUAUAGCAAAGCUCCGCCACCACCACGCCCACCUACUAAAAGUAAAGAUGAAGUGUUUAAUUUAAAAGAUUUUUCGGAAGUUGAUCAGCACGCAUUGAAUGCACCAAACAAGUUGAUGAAUGGCACAUUCCGUGAAUUAGUGAACUAUUUAACAUUGAAUCAACAAUGGGACGACAUUGCGCGAGUUCGAGCCAUUUUUCUGUGGGUGACAUCUGUAGAUGUGUAUGGUUUAGAGAUAGAGGAUGACCCACCGUCACAGUCCCCGCUAGAAUACUUCCUUAAAAUUCAAACUAAUUCGGGAAACCAUGCACAUUUAUUUUCUGGGUUAUGUCAAAUGGCUAAUAUACCAUGUACUAUUAUUAGUGGAAUGAAUAAAAGUGCAGCCUAUGAAAUAGGAAAACCUGCGAAUAGGAAGACAAUGGGAGCUCAGUGGAAUGCCGUAUACUGUGGUGGUGAUUGGAGAUUUGUAGACGCAUUCUGGGCUAGUGCUUGUGUGGUUGGUCGUAAAUCUCGAGAGUGGGCUCUGGUUGAUUCAGAUGGAAGCCCAGUCGACCAGGAGGAGGAGGACGAUGAAGGUGAAACCCAGCAUAGAAUCAACGAAUUUUAUUUUUUAACCGACCCAAAUUUACUUAUAUGGACACAUUACCCAGACGAGAAAAAAUGGCAGCUACUACCUAAACCUGCUUCUAUUAAAGACUUCGAAGAACAUUUUUAUGUCCGAGAACGUUUUUAUAUUCUAGGAAUGGAAACUAUCGGCCCUGGAGCCGAUAAAUGUUUGUUAAAAACGGACGGAGGUGAAAAGGACAUCAAUUUUAAAUUACCAUCAAAUGAUAGCUAUAAUUAUAGGUAUAAAUACAUGUUGUAUCAGUCUAGGAAACAAAAGAAUGUCGAAGGCAACGUGAACGUGUUUUUGGAUCGCUUUGUCUUUUUUGAACACACCGCAGAUCUUCUGCAUUUUCAGUUACGCUUCCCAGUGACCGGUGAUUUUAAAAUGGAUAUAUACGGCUUGGAUGUUAAUUCGUCUGAUACUUUUGAUUUGUGUUGUACUUAUAUAAUCCGUUGUCCAACUGCGAAAAAGGGAUGUAUGCCGUUCCCAGAUUGUCCACCACUAGGCUGGGGUCCGAUAGGAGACACAAAACAGGUUGGGCUCCAUCCCCAAUCCCACCAAAAAGGUGUAGUUGAAUCAAAGGAUGGAAAUGUUGAAAUACGCUUUAAAACAGAAAAAGAAAUUCAGCUUUAUCAAAAUUUGAAACAUUCUGUUCUGGAUGAUGCAACCUUGAGUAGGUAUACCAUGACGCGACAAGAAGGCGACGAAGCUGUUGUCAAUCUCAGGUUACCUCAAAAGGGUGAGUACGCCCUCAAGCUCUAUGCCCAGGGCAAGGGUAAAGAUGGAGAGGCUCCCAAUGUGUGUAAUUAUUUAAUCCGUUGUGAUGGAACAGGGUCUUCUACCAAAGCGUUCCCGAACAUGAUUGAUGGAAAACUAGGGAAGAGUCAUCUGUGUGAUAAAUUGGGUAUCAAGGCUCUAACUCACCCUCACGGUUACAUAGAAACCGAAUCAGGAAAGGUUAAAGUGAAAUUUUCCUCGAAGAAAGACGUAGAUCUAGUGUGCGAGCUUCACAGUCAGGACUCAGAUGCUAUCAAACGGGCCAAAGCUGUUACUUCCAAUAGCAAAGGCGAAUGGCAAUUUGAUCUUGACUUGCCGACUUCAGGGGAAUAUUCUUUAAAUGUGUUUGCUCAAGACAAGAACGACUCUGGAAGAAUUUAUAACGUUCACACUUAUCUGAUCCAAUCAUCCGGCUAUGGAGAACAAAAUAAGGAAGAUGGAUAUAAUUCAGAUGAUGACCAAACUACAACAGUAGCAUCUGAGACAGUUGAUACAUCCGACAAAGAAAUACUGAUUCCUGUACCACCAGGUUGUAAUAAAGCUGUUGCUGCGGUCCAUAGAAAGAAUGCUAACGACCCCCCUAGCACUGAUCAAAUUCAGUUCAUCAAUCAAGAUGAUUCGCAGUUUGUUAAAGUAGAACUGAAGGAAUAUGGCGAAUAUAUGCUGAACUUGUAUGAUGUAGAAUCUGGUGGAAUUGUUAAAAAUGUUGCCAAAUACCAAAUAAAUCGUAAACCUGCAAGUGAACUCUAUGAUUCUAAUAUCAAUAACAUCAUGGAGUCAGUGAUGGGAGCUGGGGGGUUACAGGUACCACCACCAGAUCCAACACCUUCUCCAGAUCUAGAUAAAGAAAAUGCCAAAAAAUCAGAAGAGGAAAGGCGAAAUCUUGCAAGAAAACAGGUCCUACAAGCCCUUGACCUUAGAGAUGCUCGCCAGUUAGAGGUAGCACUCAAAAAGUACGAUUCGUUACAACCCAACAAGAAUGACGACUUGUUGAAGAAAGCCAAGAAAACGCUUGACUUACUGAAGGCUAAAAUAGAGUUGACAGAUGCUUCGCACAAACGAAGUCUUCCAGCCUUAGAGGCCGCCAUCAAGAAUGCCAAAGCAGUAAAUUUUGAUCACAGUCUGGAUCUACAAAUUGCUAUGGUAGUACGUCUCCGGGAUCACAUAGCAAAAAUAGAGAAACUGCGCCACGAAGUCAUGAAUAUGGAGCAGAAAACCAUCUCAGAAAUCCGAACCUACAGCAAACCGCCCGAUGGCGUUCACCAGACGUUAAUGGCUACGUUUUUACUGCUGGACAGUGAUAUGAAAGAUGUGAAGGAAUGGAGAUCCAUACAGAUAUUACUGGGAAAAACUGGAAAAGAGUCCUUUAUGAGAAAAAUUUCUUUUUUUGAUCCAAAGGCAGUGAGGCUAUCCACCGCCACGGCAGCUAAGAAGGCCAUCAAAAACUUUAACCGUGAUCAAAUACGACAAAUUAGCGCAGGCGCAGCCACCUUCUAUAUUUGGGCUACUGGUAUGAUAGAGGAGGUGGAGACAUUGGGAGGCGCUGAGGCAAAUGAAGGAACCAAUCGAUUAAGGCUAUAGAUCAUUACAAUUCCACAUAUUGUUAUAAAUAUUAUAAACCUAUAUAAAAGGACAUUAGCGGCUGUACAUAUUUGGUAUGUUUAUUGAUGUAGAUAAACAAUUGAUUUAUAAUAUAUUUAUUGCUCCGGUUACAUGUAAAGAUAUUUGAUUAGGAUUUUAUAUAAAUUGAGAAGAAAUGAAAACGCAUCACUUUUGGAAAUGGAUGAUUGUAACUCUUGUUUGAAAGAUACAUUUUAAUCUUGGAACAACAUCACAUCACACAUAAGAAUAACAAGCUAGAGUUAGUACAACUUAUAUAGUUCUGUGGAAGACGCAACAAUAUGCCAUGUUUGACAACUGAACACCGAAAACGCGCCAUAAUUGCGUUAAUUCAAUAAAUAAUGAGUAUAGGAUUCACUGUAAGCAGUGCGUUUCCAAAAGCGGCUGAUAGACCCUGUGCGCGACGUUGCAUGUCGUGUGUGGUUACUAGAAUUGGGCUCACACGUUACUGACUUUUGAAUUUUACAUCUUGUGUCUAUGUUUCACUGUUAAGUAAAGUUGUUUCGGCAACCAUGUGUUGUUGAUUUUCUUGUGUUAGUAAAAGUCAAUCGUGCCAAAUAUCACAUUUCAGCCGCUUCCAGUCAAAUCAGUGGUAUGUUUUCAUUGCGUUUUUAAUUUUAUGUUAUGUUAGUGCUUUAUAAAAGAGUUUAAAUAUUAUAUGACGCCGUGACUUUGGUGUAAUAUUUCACUAUUUUUCAUCUGAUAAUGUAUUAAAAUAACAUUGAUGAAAAUAAACGAAGGAUAACUAGAACGUAUACAAUUAUUUAAAGCCCCCUGUAGAUUAUGUAAUUCUAAAUCAUAUUAUAACUAUGAAUUCGUACCGUUAUCUUUAACUGCCAAUGUUUAUGAAAAUAGUAUAAUCAUCACACAUGUCUUUUGCUGUCUGGCCUUGCUUAGUUAGAAUAAUAAUUAUAAUCAAUUGUAUACAUAUUUUAGGAUAAUAGGUAGAUGUUUUAAUUUCAUUUGUUUAUUUUUUUAUAUUUCAUAGUAUCAUCCAUGUUUAUCGCUAAUACUAUUUCAAUCUUUGUUCCUUAUAUAGAAUGAUAUAACAUUUUAUAACCACAUCUUAUAUAAUGUUAUUAAUUUAAGCCCUUCUGUGAUAAUAUUAUUUAUAAUCAACCAUAUAUUUAUAUUAAUCGUGAUUGUAUAUAUCCGUCCAAUGUAUCUACCUCCUACAAAUGAAUUCAGCAGGCUUCCUAUGUCCAUUACAAUGUGUGGUGCGUAAAGAUAUUGAAGAUAGUGAAGAUAGUGAAACAUUCUCAAACUUAACCAAGAAUUCAUUCUAAAUUUAAUCAACUUCCCUAAAUCAAUCAAUAAAAUCUGCACAUAUCAAGUUCAUAAUACCGAGUAAUUUCAUAAAUGCUGCCCAUAGAUCAUAAUAUUUUCACAAUUUAAAUGCUUUAUGUUACAUUGUAUAGUAAUAAAUGUUUUAACAGGCAAAUCAAUAAUGUAUUGUUAUUCGAAUCUUAAUAUUACAUUAUUAUUAUAUAAUAACAUAUAGGGAACACAAAUUACUUUAAUUUAUUACACUUCGAUGUGCGUUCUCUCACCAGUAACUUGUGCUAAAUAUGCUGUCCGUUUCUAAAUGCGACUGAAAGGACAAUGCAGUCACGGUUUUCUGAUCUCACAGAAAUCAGUUCAUCUUAUUCAGAUUUAGAUUCAAACCAAUAUCCUCUAUCAAUCUAAAACAUACGUUCUUUAAAGGAAUUGUUAAAGAGGUAAAAAUCGGCGGUGUAGCUGCUUGCGAACUCCACUUCAACCAGUAACUUUUUUUUUUCUUGUCGCUUCAGAUUUUGCUGAUUGGUCUUAAAUUAUAGUUGUGUGGUCAGUUUAGCCUUGCUGUUGACACUUAAAUUGUCUUUUAAACCAUUUAAAAUGUUAUAUUCAUUUUAAGUACAAAUUACGACCAACAUGUUAUUGCUUAUUUUAGUCAUCAUUACACAUUUUUUUCAUUUGAUAAAUAUAAUAUUGUUA